CUCAUGUGUUGCAAGUAAAUUAAAAUUGAGAAAAUAUUUAUUUUUCAACAAGCUGACUUUAUCUCUCUAUUCAUGACUUUCCCUUUUACAAGCAAUUGAUCAUAUAUUCUCUUUCACAUGUUCAUUCAUCAUUUCUCUGUUUUCUGCUGAUGAAUUCAGAGAAUUAAGUCAGACUUUUUCCAGCAAUUGAAUUUCUGGCACAUACCCGUUUUCUAGAACUGUAAAAAGUUUGAAACUUUGAUGUUCAAUUGUCUUUCUCUAACUAAACUCAACUACUUCUACACCAGCAGUUCAAGUUUUUUUAGAGAGAGAAAGCUCUGUUUUUUGCUGAUCAGUUCAGAAAAGUGAACCAGAACCAUCCCUGUAGUUGAAUUUCUGGUACAUACCCAUUUUCUGAAACUGUCUUUUGUUGAUGAAUUCAGAGAAUUUAAGUUAGAUUUAUUCCAACAGUUGAAUUUCUGGUACAUACCCAUUUUGUGAUAUUGUUAAAGUUUGGAACUUUUCUGUCAAAUUUGUCUUCUUUCUACACCUGCAGUUGCGUUUUCUAGAGAGAGAAAGCACUUUUUUCUGCUGCUGAGUUGUGAGAAGUGAAUCAGAAGUCAGAAUCAUUUUUUUCCUAGUGCAAAAAUAAGAUCGUACCAUAUAGGCCGUUCUGUCGAGGUUUUUAAAUUUACUGUACAGGUAUCACCUGCAUAGUAAAGGUGAAAAAAGGCGUGUUUUAAACCGCUUCAAGCGAUAUUUCAUGCUUUAAGUCAGGUAUGACAACCAUAUCAUGGUUUCCAUUACUGUAUUUUUGCAUUAUGAUAGUAUGAUCCUUGUGGUUGAGUCUCUGUUUCAUAACAUACCCAUUUUCUGAAACUGUAAAAUUUGGAACUUUGCUGUUUGAUCUUGGAAUACUGGAAUUCUUUCACUAAAAUCAACUACUGCUUUCUCCUGCAGUUCAACUUUUUAGAGAGAGAAAGUAACAUGAAAUAUGAAAUGAGAUCGCUUUGUUGUAUUCUUCCUGUCAUUUGAUCAUUAUCAAUGAGCCAGUUUAUUUAUUUAUGUUUACGAGGGUGUUUGGCAAAUGGCUUAUAGCUAGUAGUUGGUAGCUGAUAGCUGAUUACAGUGGUUGAUUUGACUAGCUGAAAUUUAUUAACUGGUUUUUGAUCAGCUGAUUUUAAACCCGCUGCUAUAAGCAGCUUGUUUAAAACAGCUUAUUCAUAUCAAUAAGCUGUUUGAACCAGCUAAUUUACCAAACACUAGCAUUAGCUAGUUUGACCACCCAACCCUCUAUUUAUAUCAAAAUAAGCUAAAAUUGCUCAAUAAGCCAAUUUCCUAAACACCCAUAUGUCUACCCUAUUAUUUUUUGUUUUCGGAUUAUAAUGAAGUAUAUCAAAAUGACUCAUUAAAUCAUAUCAAUAAGAGAAGUUAAGAUAUGUUUGUCACCAAGGGUCAAUUGAAAACAACCUUUUAGUUAUCACUAGAGGUAAGGUUGAGUACAGCCGACCCCAAACGCCACAUACGUAGAAGUUGUUGUAUGGCCCUGGGGAAAUGAAAUAUUGUUCUAGAGUCCAUUUGUAUUUCUUUGUUUGUUUUCCCGGAAAGAUUGCAACUUUUGCCUCUUUUUCUGCUAAAAGAUUAGACCUUUCUGUAUGAUCAAGUUACAUAAUUCCUAGGAAACCAAACAAGUCACCUAACUUGGUAUUUUUGAUAAAGAAUGCUGGACAAAAAAUUUACUUCCUGUAACGUACCUGAUUUUGCUUACAUUUCUCUGUAGUUUCUGCAAAAAUGGACCAUUGAACUUAUUACUACAACAUUUUACUUUUUCAUGCAUAACAUAUGUAUUAACUACUACUUUAAUGUUAAUUUUUCUUCUCUUUUCUAGGUUUUACCCAAAAAUCUCAGAAAAAAAAACAAGCAAUUAGUGUAGAAAACCCGAGUUUUGGAUUCCCAUUUGAGAAAAAAGAAGAUCAAAUGGGCAGGUUUGGAUUUUCAUUUAAAUCAAUGAUCUUCUUUGGGUUGUGUUUGGUUCACGUAUAUGGUGAGCCAUUGCAAGACAAACAAGCCUUGCUUGAUUUCCUCCAAAACACUUCCAUUUCGCGGUCUUUGAACUGGGAUCCAAACAAACCCUUGUGCACUAAUUGGACCGGUGUGACCUGUAAUGAUGGUCAAACAAGGGUGGUUGCUCUCCGGUUGCCGGGAGUUGGAAUCCGAGGUUUCCUUCCUCCUGACACUCUUAGCCGCCUUUCUGCGCUUCAAACACUUAGCCUUAGAAAUAAUGAGAUUUCAAGUGUAUUUCCAUCUGAUUUUUCCAAGUUAGGUAACUUGACUUCUUUGUAUCUUCAAUACAACAAAUUUUCUGGUACUCUACCAUUGAAUUUCUCUGUUUGGCCAAAUCUUGUGGUACUAGAUUUAUCUAAUAAUAACUUUAAUGGAACUAUACCUAUUUCAUUCUCCAAUUUAACCCAUAUUACUACUCUUGAUCUUUCAAGUAACUCACUUUCUGGUCAAAUUCCUGAUUUGGGUAUCCCAAGUUUGAGGUAUUUGAACUUAUCCUACAACCAUUUGAGUGGGAAUGUUCCUAAUUCCCUUCUUAGGUUUCCGAGCUCAUCAUUCUCCGGCAAUGAUGUUUCCUUGAGAGCGGUUUCUAUUCCCCUGAAACCUUCAUCACUUCCAUCGGACAGCCCUAGCCACAAGGCCAAGAAGAUCAGUCAGACAGCAGUAUUGGGGAUUAUAAUUGGUGGUGCUGCUGUUUUGUUUGUUAUGAUCGCCCUUUGCAUGCUUUUUCUGUUUUCGAAAAAGAAAAACAAGGACCGAAACAGUGACUCGGAGGCACAAACCAAGGAGAAAUUCUCCACUUUUAAGAGGUUCCCAACAGAAAGCAGGGAAGAGAAGAGCGCAAGGAUCAUGUUUUUUGAGGGGUCUAAAUUGGCAUUUAACUUGGAGGAUCUUCUAAGGGCUUCGGCUGAGGUUCUUGGUAAGGGAACUUUUGGAACAACAUACAAGGCCACCCUUGAGGAUACUAACAUUGUGGUUGUAAAGAGGCUCAAAGAAGUGAAUGUAGGGAGGCGAGAAUUCGAGCAACAAAUGGAGAUUGUUGGUAAUAUUAAACACGAGAAUGUGGCUGCAUUAAGGGCAUACUAUUUUUCGAAAGAUGAGAAGCUCAUGGUUUACGACUAUUUCAGGCACGGAAGUUUAUCAACCAUGCUACAUGGAAAAAGAGAAAAGCGACCUCCAUUGGAUUGGGAAACCCGGCUAACAAUCGCCAUCGGUGCAGCAAGAGGCCUUGCUCACAUCCAUUCUCAAAAUGGCGGAAGACUAGUCCAUGGAAACAUAAAAUCCUCAAACAUUUUCCUCAACACUCAAAACUAUGGUUGCGUAUCCGACCUAGGGUUAGCAACCAUAGUCACACCCGUGGCCCCACCAAUCCAACGAACAGUAGGGUACCGAGCCCCAGAAGUCACAGAUCCUCGUAAAGCCACCCAAGAUUCCGAUGUCUACAGCUUCGGAGUCCUACUACUAGAACUUCUCACAGGAAAAAUGCCUCUAGGUGAAGGUAUGCACCUAGUGAAAUGGGUGUAUUCCGUGGUCAGAGAAGAGUGGACAGCUGAAGUGUUCGAUGUAGCGCUCUUGAGGUACCCAAACAUAGAAGAAGAGAUGGUGGCAAUGCUCCAACUAAGCAUGAGUUGUACCGAGCGAGUCUCGGAGAAAAGACCUAAGAUGUGGGAGGUGGUCAAAAUGGUGGAGGAUAUCCGACAAGGGCACUCCGGUACACGACCAUCAUCUGAAGCUUCUACUCCAACACCAACAGGCCUUUCACAUACAGUUGAAGUAGGAUCUAGUUCCAAUUCCAAAUCUCCAAUUUUCUCACAACACAAUAAGAUUGCUUGUCCUAGUAGCUAAAACUAGUUGUAACAAAUAUUAUAGGUAUAUCUUCUUUGUUAAGUUAAGAAUUAUUUCUCUCCAUAAUUGCCCAACAAAUGUAAACUGUUGAAUGUGGCUAGUAGUAGUCAUUAGUCAUCACUCAUUAUCAAUCAACAUAGUCAAAUUUUUACCUGCCCUGUUUUCAGGCUCUAAA